GGGAAUUGGACUUAUAAGUGAAAAUCCCAACUUGCCCUAAAAACCGGACGCCGAAGCCGACGCUGGGGCGACUAUUACAUAUAUAUAUAUUUAAUAGUCCUCCUUAUUCUUAGAAGUCGCGCUAAAAAGGCACUGUUUUUCAGAACGACAAUGGUUGAUUUAGCGAAGCAGGCAUUUAGCUCCAAAAACUUUGAUUUAGCAGCGGAAAUAUACGAACGAUCCAUCAGGGAAUAUGGCCCGAAACCAGAGUUUUUGCUAGGACUAGCAGAUUGUUUUGCUAAACUUGGUCAGUUUGAGAGAGCCUUCACAGCGUAUUCAAAGGCAUGCAGAGUUGGACCGAUGAAUCCUAAGGAUCUAAAACACUUGGUUUCGUCUUUAGUGAACACAGUGAAGCAGGAUCCUUUGAUCAAUUCAGAAAUGAACAAAAAUGUUGUGUUCGACUGUUUGAUAUGCCGGAAUAUGUUAUAUGACCCAGUGACAAUACCGUGCGGGCAUACGUUCUGUAGACAAUGUUUGGUUAAAGAUGCCUCCAAACAAUGUAAAAACUGCGGUACUAAAUACCUUUAUCUUAAUAUAAGUAGGAUAAAAUCUAGUGUUUUAUUGUCCCAAACAAUAGACAAAUGGUUUCCGGAACAUAGCAAGGCUGUGGAAAUUAAAAAGAUGGCAAAUGAUGCUUUUCAAACAUGUAGAUUUGAGGAAGCCAUAAGACUUUAUACAGGAGCGAUGGAAUUGGUUCCAAAUGACCACUUACUUUGGAGCAACCGUUCCUUUGCCUUGUCUCGCCUGGACAGGAAUGAAGAGGCUUUGGAAGAUGCUGAUAUGAUUUUACAGUUGCGACCAGACUGGCCCAAGGGCUACUUCAGAAGGGGAUGUGCAUUAUAUAACUUAGGGCAGUAUGAAGAGUCAGUUGUUGCUUUGUUACAGUGCCUUGCACUGGACUCUUCCAUUGAAACAGCCAAGGACUAUCUCUCUAAGGCGCUGCAUAACAUCAUCCUGCCCCUGUCGCCAGAUAAUCCAAAAGCAACUGAGCUGCAGCGGGAGUUGAAUCCCUCCCUCUUGGAUCAGCUGAUACGCACCAACUUUGACUGCACGGUGUUGUUGCCUAAAGUCACUGUAGAUACAGUUAAGCGGCUGAAAGACAUCAUCACUGAUACUGUCAACUCAGCAACAAACUUUCUAGAAGGGAAAGAUCACCACCAACCAUCUCAGGGAGGGAGCUCUUUAGCAGAAGCUUCAAAUGAAUCCACCAAAUCCCAAUCUGCCCCAGGGUCAAGGGUGAGCACUCCCAUCUUUUCGAAGCGAAAACUCUCUGAACCAAGUGGAGAUCAGGGCCAAGGAAGUCCUAAACACAGUGCAAAGAAAUGUACAAGGAAGGCUUUAUUGAAAGAUCCGUCUUUGGUGUGUCGGGAGGAUUUUGAGUGCAGCCUGUGUUAUCGCCUGCUGCAUCUCCCUGUCUCUACUCCAUGUGGACACGUGUUCUGUCGACCAUGCCUCGACAAGUGUCUUGACCACAAGACAGAGUGUCCACUCUGUAAGAGCUGCCUUGCAGAGUAUUUGGCUGAGCGCAGACAGUCUGUAACCAUAGCAAUAGAGAAUAUUAUUGAAGCUUACUUCCCGGAGGAUUGCAUAGAGCGUAUGUCACAACACGAGGAAGAGAUUCAGGAGCUUGCCAGUAUGGGGUUGGACAGCGAGCAUGACAUCCCGAUAUUCGUGUGCACCCUUGCCUACCCAUAUGUGUCUUGCCCCUUGCACAUUUUUGAGCCCCGGUACCGGCUGAUGGUACGACAGUGCAUGGAGUCCGGACGCAGACAGUUUGGCAUGUGUGUAGCCAACGGUGAUGAAGAGUCUCAGUUCUCAGAGUAUGGCUGCAUGCUAGAGAUACGAGAUGUGCAGUUUUUCCCUGAUGGGAGGUCUUUGGUGGAUUGUGUUGGCGGGAAAAGGUUCAAGGUCAUCGGUAAAGGUCAGAGGGAUGGGUACAACACUGCUAAAGUUGAGUUCAUAUCCGACCAUCCAGUGGCAGACAUGGAAGAGGUACGUGGUACAUCAGAGAGGCUGUACCUGGUUUGCAGAAAGUGGUGGGAGGAGCUGCCGCAGGUCCAGCGUGCUCAGAUUUUGCAGCAUCUAGGGGAGUUCCCAGGGCCAGAGACUGAGAGCAGUUACGGGCCAAACGGUUCUGCCUGGCACUGGUGGAUGCUGGCUGUCCUGCCACUCGACUCCCGCAUUCAGUUGGCGAUAAUUGCUAUGACCUCGUACAAGGAGCGACUCCGAGCACUGGAACGAGUCCUUGGGUUCCUCAAGAACAAACACGACAGUCGGUGACUAGUGGUGCUUAUAUCAGCAAUCGUCCUUAUCAUCAACAUUUUCUUCAGAUAUGUUAUGGACUAGAGGUGGCUCAUGUAUUGUAUUGAGUUAAUCUAAGUUCAUAUUAAACACCGAGUAAUAAUUAUUAAGUAAUGGAUUAAGAUUAUGUACUUUCUGUGAGCACUUUUGGAAGUAUUUUGAUGUGUUGAUUUUAUAUACUUUUGUACUCUGUAAUUUUAAGUUUGUAAUUAAAAGCACUGAAAUUGACUUCAUAUGAUAAAUGAAAUCAGAAAUAUUUAGAUUUUAAAUAAACUAACUUUUAAAACUGUGUCUACAUUCUAUAACUCCUUUUUAAGUAUUUGUUAAUCUUUUUGCUGAAAUCGCUAAAAUAAUUUUUCCUUGUUCUAAAAUGAUAUAAAUUUUAUUUGAUGUCAUAUCAUUGAAUAGAGAAAUGAGUUCCUUUUUUGAUACACUAAAAUAAGAACUGAUUUAUAAUAUCCCUCAUUACUUUUAUUAUUUGUUAGUUUUUUCUACUAAUUCAAGCUUAAAGUGCCAGUUGGACAAUUUUCCUAUAUUAUAAAAAAAAAACUUUCACAGUUAUAGCAAGCAGCCUUUGCAUAUGCUUUUGUAGAUGAAGCUAUGUACAUGUAAAGAACAUAUCAUUCGCUUGUAGUUCUAUUAUCAAGAAAUGUUAUUGUUAUUAUAAAAGGGCUAGAAGUAAUGUUAUUGUAAUCUUAAAGGGGUUAGACACCAGAUGAUACCAUUGCAAGAAAAACAGAAAAUUGUCGAAGGCUUACAUAAAAGUGACAUCAUUGUGUACAGCAUAUUAAAUCUUACAUCUUUCCUUGUUUUUACUUUCUAAAUCGAAAUUUACUAGGGUUGUCUAUCAUGUAAAUCCCAGUAAGUUUAAAAAUAGCAUCCGUAUAUUUAUCUGUACUCAUUAACAUAUUUGAUUUAAACUGUGAAACCAUUAUGUGCUGUUUUUAAACAGGGAAACAUCGAUGAGACAGCAACAUGAUUCUUGCGUUUAUUAAUUUAAUAUUGUAAUAUGAUGUAUAAUCAGCUUCCUACUAGCUAGCAUUGACAAUUCUAGGCUUGUUAUGAGGAAAUACUGUAUUGGCCGAUUUUUUAACCAUCUGGUGUCUAGCCCCAUUAAAUACUGAUGAUAGAUUGAUGUGUACACUUUUAACUUCUCAUGGUAUAAGUAGAACUUCCCUUUUCCAUGUAAUAGGCAUUUCAUAUUAUAUAAUUGAGCUCUUAUGAAUAAUCUUACUAUCAAUAUGAAGUUAUCAUUCUUCUGAUAAAAAAAUGGUCACAAAUCACAUGCUUAUAAAGUGUUGUUUUUAACUACUAUGAAUUUAAUGGUAUUUUGGACAAAAAUCCAUUUUUCACUUAACAGGUAAAGUUGUAGACUAUGCAAGAUCGAUAAAUUUAUACUCCAGGAUGCCUACAUGUACAUUAUCAACUUUUACUAUCAUGAAAGAUAAGUUAGUCUUUUCCCAUAAUUAUGUAUAGUGGAACCAAUUUCAGAUUUGGUUUAUAUAGCAAGAAUUUAGUACAAUUAUUAAAAAUAAUGAAAUAUUAAGUCAUCCUUUUUUGAAAGAUAACACAGAGCAUUUGUCAUAGCCUGGUAUCCCUGACAUCAGCACCAUCAUGCUAUAACAGGAACCUAGGCACAGACUUCAAAACUCUUUGAAUGAACAGAUUAAAGAUGAGCAUAACCGGGGUAGCUUUCACUCUGCAGGGCUCUUGUUGUUGUUUUUUUGUUGUUGUUUUUGGGGAAGGACAUUACUCUGUUGUGAUUGAAGUGAAGAGUAAAACCAAAUUUCUGUAAUUGUCACGGUAGAGUAAAAAGUGAUAUUCCCCACCCCUGUUCUAUUGCUGUCAUAUUGCAAGCCUAGUUUACACCUUCGUUUAUGCAAGUUUAUAACAUGUAGUUGUCUCAUCUGCAUAUCUAUUAUUAACUUGCUGAAUGUAACUUAAUGAUAGACCAUUAUGUUUAUAUUAUAAUUUAUGUCAUAUUUUAAUUGUUAUAAACACUGUAUUUAUAUAAAACAUUAUUUUAGAUUGACCUGUAUGUUAGGGAACAAGUCUUUUUAAUACAGUUUGGUAAAAGAAAUGUAUUGUAUUGGAAAAUCUGAAAAGUUUAACAUGUCUUGGGUUAAAAUUGAUGGCGUAUUAGAACACGAUUCUGUCAUGUGACAAGAGCUAUUUCUUUGCUGGAAAUGGCCGAUAGAGACUGGGCAACAUAACUACAUUACCAAUUCUGUGCAAGUAUGUUGAUUAUGAAAUCUGCAGACUUGUUUCUUAUAUCGUUAACAUAUGAAUUCUUAAUACUAUUACUUUUAUUUGGAUGAGCAAUCUUGAAUUUUAUGUAUUUAUUAAGUAUAAAGUUAUGUAUUUUUAUAAUAUGCACUGUAUUUUCAUUUAAUUGUACAUUGGAACAAAUUUUGUUCUUAAAUUGUAAGCUUUGAUAUAUGGAGAUUUCCCAUCCUUCAAGCAUGUUCUUUAAAAUUGUAUUAAUGUGACAUGAUAAACGGAUUGACUUUUUCAUGAUUGUGAACUGAUGACCAUGUUACAUUGUUUAACUAUGUACCUCAAAAUAAAACUGAGAUUUAA